AUGGCCGAAGUCCCCGCCACAGACCCCUCCGUCUACGCCUCCUACGAGUCCAAAUGGGCUUCCCUCCCCUCUACCGCAGAUGAAUGGCUGUCUCGCGCGCGCGAGGUCGCUGAUGUUCUUGCGCAAGAUGCGCCGCAGCGGGACAUAGAGCAUAAGUCCCCGCGCGCGGAAGUCGCUCUGCUCAAGCACUCGGGACUUCUCAAAUUGCUGGGACCGAAGAAGUAUGGUGGUGGUGAGCAGCCGUGGACGGUGGGGUAUCAGGCGAUUCGGGAGGUUGCGAAGGCGGAUGGGUCAAUUGGAAUGCUCCUUGGCUAUCAUUUGCUGUGGUCCACAACCGCCAACGUCGUCGGAACACCCGAGCAAAUCGAACGCACGCACCAGACCAUCAUCUCGAAUAACUACUUCGUCGGAGGUGCCGUGAACCCUCGCGACAGUGACCUGAAAAUCACUUCCGACGGCGACAGUAUCAUCUUCAACGGCGCGAAGUUCUUCAACACUGGUGGUGUGGUUUCUGACCUCACAGUUCUUGAGGGUGUGCUGGAGGGCACUCAGGACCAUAUCUUUGCUAUCGUGCCCACCGUGCAGCCGGGUAUCCAAUUCGCGCACAACUGGAGUAACGUCGGGCUACGAUUGACCGAGUCUGGUGGCGUGAAGAUCGAGAACGUCCGCGCGCCGUGGGCAGAUGCACUUGGCUGGGAUGCUGCAUCCAAGAAGCCGCGCGACGAUACGCUGAAGAUUACAUUUGGCGCUCUGCUGCUGCCAACCAUCCAACUCGUCUUCGGCAACUUUUACCUCGGCAUCGCCCAGGGCGCCCUAACCUUCGCCUCCAAAUACACAACCACGAACACCCGUCCCUGGCCCUUCGGCGGCGACAACAAGUCCUCCGCUACAGAAGAAUUCUACAUCCUCGAGCGCUACGGUAACUUCUUCGCGCACCUGCGUGCCGCAGAAGCCCUAGCCGACCGCGCCGCCGAGCAACUCUCGGGAGUAUACACCAAGUAUGGCUCUGACCGGGGUGCGCUUACUCCUCGCGAGCGUGGAGAGGUUGCUGAGUGGGUUGCAAGUGUUAAGGUUGUUGCGACAGAUACGGGGCUAAGGGUUGCCAAUGGCGUGUUUGAGGUUACUGGGGCGAGGGCGACGGGAUUGAAAGUUGGGUUGGAUCGGUUUUGGAGGGAUAUUCGGACACAUACGUUGCAUGAUCCCGUGGCGUAUAAGAAUCGGGAAUUGGGGAGGUAUGUGCUGCUUGGGGAGGUUCCGGAGCCCACUUGGUAUACUUAG